AUUGCAGCUACAAAAUGUAGACGGCCAAAAAAUUAUACUGUGAUAAACAAUUAUCGUUUUGUAAUAAGUUCUCAAUCAGCAAAUACAUACUACUUGAAAUGUGCCAAUUUUCGUAAAUCGUGUCGUGCCCGUGCUAUAAUACGCAAGGAUUCAAUGAAAAUGCAAAUCCGAGAUGGUAACCAUAAUCAUCCAAAACACUUACCCUCUAAAACUAUACAAAUAAAGCAAGAAAUUGAUGAUGAACGCAUCUAUAAACCUAAAAAAUGACAACAAUAUGAACAUAAAAUCUACAAAUAUUUGCAUAAGUAAUGAAUCUGUCGUAAAUCCAAUCUCUGCCCGUUACAUUAUCUCCCGGCGUGGUACUCAACUGGUAUUUUAUAAAUACAACACGUAUACACCAAACUCAAAAUUAAAACCCGAAUCUCGAAGCCGUGACUGGAAGUGUUCCAUG